AUGUUCUGUGAUGAUUCCGUAGAUCGGCUGCGGUUGAAGACUGCUAUUGAGAAAUGGAAUAGUCAAAACGAAAAGAGAGUUUUUACAGACUCCUUCAUCGAUAAGGCAGAUAAAAAAUUCUCGCAGCGUAUUCUGCUUCCACAUCUAGGCGAGCCAUAUGUGCCUCUACGUGUGUGCCACAAACAGAAUGAGAUAAUUCGGCAUGAGUCUGCUCUCAGCUACACAAGCUCUCGAUAUUUGAAGGCGUCGCCUUGGGCGCUUAUCAACCAAGAGAGUCAUCAACGAAGGCACUUGAGGCCGACAAUUUUCUUCCAUGGCCCACUCGCUGGCAGAAGUGAUGUGGAAAAGGAACUGCCACUUAUAUUGAGAGAGGCCUCACCAAAUGGACAGCCCCUACAAAGUAAUAUCAGAGGACUAUGCAAUAAGGCAGACACGAAUAUGCGAGAGGCGAUUAUAACUUUCGGAGCGCUUCCAAUCAUGAGAUGGAUUUUGUUCCAGAUCGGCUUCUUCCCAGAAAACGAGCAGAAACAAGGCAUCCCAUUUGACACUACAGAACUUCGAAUUGAAGCUAUCCGUGCCUUUAUCGAUGACAAUGAGUGGGUGGUUCUUUGGUGGAUGGUGCAAUGCGUUGGACAAAACUUGAUCGUGCAAUGGUACUAUCAAACAGGACUUCUCGAAGACCCAGAUCUACUAGUUGUGAGGGAGAACGGGAGAGAAAAUUUUAAGAUGCGCUUGGUGGUACUUCUCGAAGCUUGCUUCAGGCUUGUCAUCGACCACGACGUGAAAGCAGGGACUACUUGGAAUGGUGGACAAGUUCGUUCUAACACAGUAAUUGGCAGACAGUUAACCGAUGUUUGGAGAGGUCUUUCUAGCCACCCACUCGUUUCGCCGACGAAUGCGGAGAAUUUCGAGGACCACUGCGCGAAUAUUCAUCCCAGAAAUAUGAAGGGCUGGGAUGGACUUUGUGAUGGUAGGCCAAUACCUUAA